AUGAUUGGAAUUGUGUUAAAACCUUUUAUAAUAGAGAAGUUGGAUAAGAAAAAAAAACUGGAGAUACAAAAUGAAGACGCGGGAUUGAAAGAAAAAGUCGAGAACAUCACACAAGAAAACGAGAAAUUGAAGAAACGUGUUGAAGAGAACGAAAAGGAAAAGGAACGAAUUACUCAACAAAUUCAGGGUCUUGAAGGAGAGAGAGAAACGUAUAAACAACUUGUGGAAAAGAAGGAAAUUGAUAUACAGAAUUUACUCACAGAAAAUGCAAAGAAGACAACACCAGGGGAACAAGGGAAGACGAUUGAUGUUGAUGAAUAUAACGUUGUUGUUGCUGAGAAAGAAAAGAUCAAGACUAAUAUGGAGAAAAUGAGAGAAGGAAUAUACAGAGAAUUGAAUAAACUUCAAACACAGAAUCAACAAAUUACCCAAGAACUAUUGGGUGGGUUGGAACAAAUAAAACAAAGUACGAAAGUGUUGAUUGAUGAGAAUAAAAGGGCGAGAUGGAUAUUGGACCUUUUAAAAACUGAUGAGAAGGAGAAAAAGACUAAUUGA